AUGGGGGGCUUAGAGGAAGCUACCAAGCUCAAGGACCAGGGCAACAAUGCCUUUCGCAAUCAGGAAUGGGACAAGGCCCUCGAGUUUUACACAAAGGCCAUAGAAGCAUAUAAUGCAGAGCCCUCCUUCUACACCAAUCGCGCCCAGACAUAUAUCAAGCUCGAACAGUAUGGUUACGCAAUCCAAGAUGCCGACACGGCUAUUGAACUCGACCCCAAUAAUGUCAAGGCUUUUUACCGUCGCGCCUCGGCGAACACUGCCAUCCUCAAACACCGUGAAGCUCUCCGCGACUGGAAGCUUGUCGUCAAGAAGGCGCCCAACGAUGCGAAUGCGAAGCUGCGCAUGGUCGAGUGCGAAAAGGUUGUCAAGCGAGAUGCCUUCCUCAAAGCCAUCGAAGUCGAAGAUGCGCCCUCGGCGGCCGAGGGCCUCGAUCUGGAACAUAUGAUGGUGGACGCUUCUUAUGAUGGCGCCAAGCUGGAAGACAAGAUGACACUAGAGUUCAUUGAGGACAUGAUUGAGAGGUUCAAGAACGGAAAGAAGCUGGCGAAGAAGUACGUCUACCAGAUCAUCAUCGCCGUCAUGGACAUUGUAAAGAAGGAGCCGACUAUGGUCGAGCACGACAUUCCCGAAGGCCAGGAGAUUACUGUAUGCGGAGACACACACGGUCAAUUCUUCGACCUAAUGGAGAUCUUCCGUCUUGCAGGAAAGCCAUCCGAGAAGCACGCAUUCCUAUUCAACGGCGACUUUGUCGAUCGAGGCUCCUGGUCUACCGAAAUCGCACUCCUCUUGUACGCCUAUAAGUGGCUAUACCCCAACUCCUUCUUCCUGAACCGCGGCAACCACGAGACGGACGACAUGAACAGAAUGUAUGGUUUCGAGGGCGAGUGCAAGGCAAAGUACACGGAGCGCGUCUUCAAGCUCUUUUCAGAGUCCUUCUCCGCUCUUCCUCUGGCGACGCUGAUCGGCAAGAAGUACUUUGUGCUUCAUGGCGGUCUUUUCUCAGAUGACAAGGUCACUCUUGACGACGUAAGGAAACUCAAUCGAUUCAAGCAGCGACAGCCAGGACAAUCCGGCCUCAUGAUGGAGAUGCUCUGGACCGACCCGCAAACGAACCCCGGUAGAGGACCCAGCAAGCGCGGCGUAGGCCUACAAUUCGGCCCGGACAUCACCAAGCGCUUCUGCGAAAACAACGGUCUCGAAGCUAUUAUCCGAUCCCACGAAGUCCGCAUGGAGGGCUACGAAGUCGAACACGACGGCCGCUGCAUCACCGUCUUCUCAGCACCAAACUACUGCGACAGCACCCACAACAAGGGCGCCUUCAUCAAAAUUGGCCCAGAAUACAAGCUCAAAUUCACCCAAUUCGACGCCGUCGCACAUCCAAACAUCAAACCCAUGGCGUACGCGUCAAGCGGCAUGGCCGGUAUGAUCUAA